AUGGCUGUUAUCACCCGGAUUUCGGCACAUUGUCUUGCAGACGAGACGAAUUUGGCAGCAGCUAAAACCCGAAACUUAUCUAGCAAAUCAUUACAAAACAUUACGCCUAUGACCUUUGAGGCUUUGCUUUCGACUCUACGGAAGGCUCGCAAUAUGAGACCUAGCGAGAUGCAGCGUCAGCUCGGGAUUUACAUGAUACUUCUCACAUCAACUUCAAUCUUCAUCAUCUAUCCUUCUUUCAUUGCCACAAGUCACCUAAAAAGAAAACUUCUCACAACUUACAAGAUGUCUUACACUAAGGCCAAUCACAACGCCAGCUACGCCGCCAUAUCUGCAUCUGAUCCCGCCAACUCCGCUGCGGGUAAAGUCGUCCUCAUCACCGGAGCUGGAUCAGGCAUCGGACAGGCAGCGGCCACCUCCUUUGCCCCCGCCGGUGCCAAGGCCCUGAUUCUCAUCGGCCGCCGCACGGAACCCCUGGCGAAGACAGCAGCAAUCAUCUCUCAAAAGGGCCCUGACGUGCAAGUUCGCCUUCACGGAGCCGACAUCAGCGAUGUCAAGACCUUGAAGUCUGUCAUGGCUGAGACUGUGUCUACCUUUGGACAAAUUGGCAUCGCCAUUCACGCCGCUGGCGUGCUCCUGGCUCUCGGCCCAAUCUCGACAAUGCCUGUCGAAGAACUUUGGAAAGCGCUGGAAGUCAAAAUCAACGGUAAUUUGAACGUGGCGCAGUCUCUAUUAGCAAUUGGUACCUCGGAGAAGAGUGCCGGUUCGAAACCUGUUCUGGUCAGCCUCAACACCGCAGGCAUGCUUAUGCCUCCUAUCCCUGGAAUGGGCGGUUACAUUGUCAGUAAGGCGGUUCUGCCGAAGUUGGUGGAGUAUCUGGCUGCCAAAAAUCCCGACAAACUAAGAAUUGUGACUAUUCACCCUAGUCUCAUCCGAACGCCGAUGGCGGUGGAACUUGAGGAGGCGGCAUUGAAGUUCCCUUACGAUGAUGUCUCUCUCCCUGUAGACUACCUCGUCUGGGUCACCAGCCCCGAGGCAUCUUUCCUGAAUGGCAAGUUUGUCUUCAGGGUUCAGCCAGCGUCACCGACGGACGUGGGCCUUUACAGACGUCUUAUGCUCUUGAAGAAAAAAGAUCCGGGCCUGAAGGUUUUAAUCGCUAUUGGUGGCUGGACAUUCAACGAUCCAGGCCCCACGGCCAGGACCUUUUCUGAUUUGGCCGCAUCUGUCACGAAACAAAAGGCUUUCAUCGAGUCUCUCAUGUCGUUCAUGUCUACCUAUGGAUUUGACGUCGUUGAUCUGGACCGGGAGUAUGCUGUGGCCGAAGAUCGAUCAGGAAGGGGCGUUGACUAUGUGAAUUUCCCCAAGUUCAUGAGCCGACUAAAGGCAUCCUUUGAUUCAGGUCAAAAGGGGAUUUCUAUUACACUCCCGGCAUCUUUCUGGUAUCUUCAGCAUUGUGAUAUCAUAUCACUGGCUAAAACAGCGCACUGGUUCAACAUUAUGUCCUACCACCUACACGGAACUUGGGACAAGAACAACACCUGGGUCGGUGCCUGUCUGAAUGCGCGUAGCAACCUUACCGAAGUCGAUCUGGCCCUCGAUCCUCUUUGGCGCAACAAUAUCAACCCCAGUCAGGUCGUCAUGGGCCUUGGAUUCUAUGGGCGAACCUUCUUGCCUCGAACCAGGUUGCACAUACGAAUCCGGGGCACAAAAGGGCAAAUGCAGCCGAGAACCAAAACUGUACGAGAAAAAGAGGCUGUGAAAGUAGCUGCUUGGGGCAAUCCGGCCCAGUGUGUGGCCUGCGAUGACGAAGAGACCUUCCAACUCAAGUCCGAGUACGCUCAGAGUAUGUGCCUAGGCGGCUUGAUGGUGUCGAACCGCAAGAUCCUCUUCCUGCUCGUGAACGUGGGUAUGAAAGAUGACCUGAUCGAGUUCGUCGACAUUCCCAACGGGCAAUGCAGGUGA